UCCAGUUUUAGUUGAAUUGAGAUUAAGCAAAAUGCUGCAAGUGGGCCUUAGUAUUCAAGUAGUUUCUUUUUCAGAACCAAAAACCUGUAGGUACAGCGAAUCCGAACAUUCGAACAUUUCAACUUCCUUGGAUCGGAUUCGAUGUUAAUUAACUCUUACGAGACACCACGUGAUUACAUAAGUACUUUCUAUAAAACCAGUCAGCAGCUGGCUGGGCCUGACCAGACAACAAGACAGUUAUUCCAAUAAUGAUUGGACGAGCAGACGCGUCGCGCGUUAUGAAGUGAAAAUUAAUAAAAGCACAAUGCGUCAUAUGACAUUUUUAUGUGUGUGUGUAUUAGUAACUAUAUUAACAUGCAGUUCCAGUGCACUCAAAAUUCUUAGCGUGUUCCCUUAUCCUGGGAAAAGUCAUUUUAUCGUAGUAAGAGUACUGUUACGAGAAUUGGCACGUAAAGGGCACGAUGUUACAGUUAUUUCUUAUUAUCCAGAGAAGAAUCCUCCACAAAACUACCAUGACAUAGUAUUGUCUGGAGAAUCAAUAGCAGCAGAAGACAGUCUCUCUAUAGAAGAUUUUAAUUAUAUGUCUGUCAUACAGACAAGCUUUUAUUUAACUCUUACCGGAAAAGAAAAUUGUGAAAUCCUGUUUUCAAAUAAGGAAGUACAAGAUUUGGUGAAACGGAAAACGAAAUUCGAUGUUGUCUUAGUAGAACAAUUCAAUUCCGACUGUGCUCUGGGACUAGCUUACAAACUGAACGCUCCAGUCGUUGGUGUAACUACACAUAUUAUGAUGCCAUGGCAUUACAAUAGAUAUGGGAUUUCUUACAAUCCAUCAUACGUUUCCUUUCACUUCCUAAAAGGUGGUACUAAGCCAACGCUAUACCAAAGAUUAGAAAGGGUGGUUUUCGAUGCUUAUUUUAAACUUCUAUAUUAUGUAAUAACUCAACGCUCAAACCAAAAUGUUCUUGCGAAGUACUAUAAUGAUAUUCCGCCUCUAGAAGAUUUAGCCCGAGAAAUCAAAUGUUUGCUGAUUAGUCAACACUUCACUUUAACAAGUUCUGGUUUGUAUCCAGCUAACGUCAUAGAAGUUGGUGGAUAUCAUGUCGAGGAGGCUAGACCAUUAAAUGGGGACCUUGGGAAGUUUGUCGAAGAAGCGGAUGCAGGGGUAAUUUAUAUAAGUUUCGGGUCGACUUUCAUGAUUUCUACGAUGCCACAAGAUAAGUUGGAAGCGAUUUUGGAGACCAUUGCAGAACUACCACAAAGAUUUGUAUGGAGAUGGAACAGCGUUGCAAUAGACAAGCCGCCGUUUACGGAAUUACGGAGCGAACUAAGAUCGAUUUUAACCAACAAGAAGAAACUGUAUCUAUCGGCAUGGUUACCACAAGUUGACCUAUUGGGUCAUCCAAAAACUGUCGCCUUUUUCUCUCACGCUGGCAUGGGUGGAACGACGGAAUCUCUACAUUUUGGAGUACCCGUUGUAGCAAUGCCCAUUCUUGGAGACCAGCUGGCUAACGGUGCCUCUAUAGAGGAGAGCGGCUUGGGAGUUCAGAUAUUCUUGAAUGAUCUAACGAAGGAGAACUUGAUAAAUGCUUUCAAGAAUGUUAUGGAACCCGGAUUCCGAGAAAGAGUAAGACAGCUGUCGAAAGCUUGGCACGACCGCCCUCUGUCACCUUUGGACACGGCAGUCUACUGGACAGAGUAUACGGCCCGUAACGCCAACUUCACCUUCAGAUCUGCGGCAGCCGACGUUCCUUUAUACCAGUUCUACAAUCUAGAUGUAGCCUUCAUAUUUGUAAUUAUAUUUGUAAUUCUAAUAGCGACAUGUAAAAUUUUACUAUGCCGACCUAAGAAACAAGCAACGACUAAGAAAAAGAGAAGUUAGCUAUUAUGAAAAUAACCUCUAAAGCAAAUAAAAUUGCUAUAAAUUAUAAUUUUUGUUUUAUUUUUAUCUUGAUAACUACAUCAUUGAGGAGAAGACAUUGGUACAGAUCAGUAUUUAUUAUUUAAAACGAUAUUGACGACCAAUA